ACUACACACUCGAGUCCACUUAUACAUUUUUAUCAUGAAGUGAAUGGCCGAAUUUAGGUUUUAACUUAAUACUAUUUCAAUAAUUCUUGUGGUGAAAGUGCAUACAAAUUUUUGGAACGCUUUACUUCCAAAUAUAGCCUAGUAUGAGACAAAAUGGAAAGAUGUCCAAAAAUAGUAAAUCACUCGGAUCAGAAAAGGGGAACGAUGACGGUAGAACAAAAAAGAGACCAUUUAAAGUCGGUCCAUAUCGGGCAAAUUCUGCUGUAGAAAGUUAUAAUUCGAAAAACACUACAAAGACAAAUAGCAGAUUGACAAGGAGCAAAAGUGUUGAAUCUACAGGAAUUUCGAAGCAAAUUGGAAAAGAUGGUCAUGCAGCAAGCCUACAGUUAUUUCCAAUAAAUCAAAUGCAGAUUUCUGCCCAAAAAAUUCAGCGUACUAAUAGCGUGGCCUAUGAUGGAAGAAAAGUACAACAAAGUCAAAGUACUGGAAAUAAUGUUGGACAAGGAGGCCCCAAAAAACGACGCCCUUUUUCUUUCUCCAAGAACUUUGACUUUAACGACUCUGUUGCAACUGGUGGUGGUGAAGGAGAUGAAGAUAUACCUUUCGCUUAUCAGAAAUACAAAAAUAUUGGUCGUUCAUUUGACGAACCAUAUCAAGGGACUCCUCCUAUUCAACAAGCCGUCAAAAGUCCCCGAGUUCAUUUUGCAGAACCUUUGCAUAGUACUAAUGGCAAAACUAUUCUUCCCAUCGAAGGAGACGAUAAAAUAAGUGAACCGAUUAGAGUAAUAUCACAGAAUGACAGCAUUGAAAAUAGUGAAAGCAUUGUGGCUCCUACUCCUAUGAAUACGAGUCAUCAUGUUCCAGACCAAAAAAAGUCGGGACGCUUGGACAGACGACCAAUCGCCUCAAUUAAAACCACUCCCCAGUUGGACAAUUUGACUUCAGAAGAUGAACUUAUAAUUGCCCAAACUGACGACUUGAUAUCAGACGUUACUCGCUAUUUUGCAGACAUCAACUCUGCUCGUACUAAACAAUUUCCGGUUUCACUCAACUUUUCCUACUCCCCAAAUAAAAAUGAGGAAGAAACUUUGCAAAAUAAAGACCUCGAACAAUUUCGUACUUUGGCAAACUCUACUAUUCAGAGUGUUGAAGGAUUAGAUGACGUUACGUGUCCUUCCAUUGUCAUGAUGGAUAGUGCAAGAAGUACUAACUUUAGUAGUUCACCACCACUUAUGGGACACAGAUUAUUUGACCUUAGCCCAGACGGAGGAGGGACCUCGAUUAGCCGCCCUGCUUCUGCCUCCUUCGUACGGUCUGUGAGCAACGAGGACAUUCAUGGCAGGAUCGCUCUCACAAUUAAAAUGAUUGAACAAGAAGAACAACGGGAACUAAAAGAAUUGCUCGUGAAAGCCAGUUCCAUUCCCGAUAGAUUAGAAACCAUCCAAGGUUCGGGUAAUUGGGACUCUCUUAUUCAAUAUCAAUAUCCAAAGGUUCAACCUCCACUAAACAACUCUGCUCUUUCACCCAACUUUGGAACUCGGCCUUCGUCCCAAGCGUCCAGUGUCAAAUGCGGUCACAAUACCGAUCAAAAGCCCCUACGCGUUGAUAGCAGUAAAUUCCCACAGUUCCAACCUACUCAGCCUUCCCAACCUCCUAUUGAGAGCCAACAAAGUCUCAAAACUGACUCCUCCCAAGACGUACAAUAUCCUCAUUAUUCUCAAUCUCGGAUAUCUAAUAUUCUUGACAGUGGUGAUGUGCCAUUAUUGGUCAUGACACAAUAUUCGCAUCAGGGAGAAGCCAAUAAUCAUAACUCAGAGCCCGGAGCUUCGAUUCAGGAUUACGCAAAGAUGGAAAGCAGCAAUGAAAAAACCAAGAAAAUAUUCUCCUUUCUCGAUCAAGCGGAGAAAGCGGACAGAGAGACAUUGCUCGGACUUUCCACCAAUUCCAACAGCAACACGACAGGUCAGACGGGAGACAGCAAUACGAAAAAGUCACGAGCAUUCAGUAACGAACCUGGAAGUAACUUGUCAUUCCUACAAAAGAUCGAUUCUUUGAUUACGAAGGGAAGUGUUGAGUUGGCCAAAGAACACAUAAUUCUCGAAAGAAAGUUUGAAGAGUCCCAACAACGUAUUCAAAUUCUGGAAGAAACACUAAUUCACCAGCGUGAAUUAAAUAUGCGCAAUUUAAGAAAUUCUGAACGAGAUUUAAAGAAAAGACUUCGGCUACAGAAGGAAGAAUUUGAUGCCGCUUUUGCAAGAAACGAGGCCCUAAUAAAUGAAAUGGUUGCUGAAAAACGCAUUUUACAAGAACGUUGUGAUAAGCUUAUGAAAAACUUUGACGAAACUGAAGAAAAGUACAAGGAACAGAUUAAAAAUUUGCAGCAAAAACAUUUAGAUGAGAUAAAGCGUGUAAGAAAAGCUCAAAUCACGGCAGAAAGCGUUAAAAAGCAACAGUGGAUGGGGAGCAAAACUCAAGAAAUCAGAGAAAAGACUUUGAUCGGACUCGAACCUGAGGUUCAGCGAAUAAUUCAACGGCAUCAACAAGAAAUGAGCGAAGUGAGGGCCUGGCAUUCUGAUGAACUGCGUGAGACGGAAGAAAGGUAUCAAAGAAAGCUACAAAUGCAAAUACAAGACGUGCGAGAAAAACUGGCGAAAGAAGCGGAUGAAAUUGUCUCCAGAGAGAAAGAGCAGCUCACGUGCCGUUUCGAGAUGGGAUUUAAAGAGCAGGAACAAGGCUUUGAACUUAUUAAACGCAAGCUUUUGAAUGAACUGCAAGAAGAGCGAGAGCGAACAGCCAAGGACGAAAUGAAAUUUAAGGAAAAUAUGCAAGAAAAUAUCAGGAAGGCCCAAAUAAAAGGAGAAGUGGAACUGGACAACUUGAAAGAGGAAUACGAGUCUAAAAUUGCAAACCUAGAGAGAAGACAUACCAGUGAAAUUAAGAGCAUGAAAGAUAUUCACGAAGCCGAAACCAAAACCUUGAUCAGCAAGCUAACUAAACAAUUUGAGAUUGAAGUGAAGCAAAAGGAGAACGAUGUGAUUGCCGACUUGAAGAUUAAAAUGGAAAAUGAGCUGAAACAGAGAGAAAAUAGGUUGAAGGAUGAGUUUGAGAAAGUCAGAAACGAAGAAGAAGCCAGCUCAGACAUUCGAUUCAAGAGAAUGCAGGAAAAAUUUACCCUUGACAUACAAGAAAUGGACCAGUCAGAAAAGGAUCUAAAAUCUAAAUUUAAUCAAGCAAAAUCUCAACUUUUACUGGCUGAAGAACAAGUGUACAGUCUUCGGGCAGCAUUGUCCUUGAAAGAAAAACAAAACGCAGAGCUACAGGAUAUAAAUAUGAAAAUGCUCGAAGAAAGGACCAAUUUAACAUCUGUAAUAAGAAGAGAAUUCUCAUCUCAAAUUGAAUGUUUGGAAAAUGAAAUCAAAGGGAUGAGAAGUAAUUUAGUUGAAAUCCAAUCAAAACACAAAUUAGAGCUUGAACAAAAGUGUUUAGAAACGGAAAAACUAUGUCAGGAUAAAGAUGCAGAGCUUGACAAAAUCGGGGACAGGGUACAACAAACAAUUGAACGUAAAGAUGAAACGAUUCACGGUUUGCAGAAACAGGUGGAAAAAUUAAAUUUCCAGAUUCAGCAUUUAGAAGGAUUGCUUGAAGAACAGAGAAGAAGUCUUGUGGAUAACAUGACCAAGUCCGCUGUGGGAGCAAAUAAGCGGAAAUAAAACGACUUUAUCAUUAUUAUUUAUGACACGGAUAAAUGUGUUUCAUGUUUUGAAACACGGGUACAUAUUUAUAAAUACACAUCUUAUUUGGAAAGAUUUAAUAAAUCUCAGUGUCCUCGUUGCUGUGCAGCCUUGUGA